AUGCAUGUCUCUCCCUCCCACCCUCUGCCGACCUUCCUCGUGUGUCUCCGGCUUGCGUGCUCUCGCGCUUUCUCUUCCGCCGACGCACCUCUCCAUACCUACACUUGGCAGUCCUUCAUGGCUGCUGCUUCCUCCGCCACCACCGCGGUUGAACCAGGAGACCGCUACCUCACCCGUGAUCCCUGCUGCCUAGAGUGCUGUCACCGAAACAGUGGUGCGUUAGUAGCGCCCCUAGCCGGAUCACUCGAGCACGGUGCCGCCACCUGCGGAGAUGCAGUGCUUACCUUUCCGUCAGCCGCUGCAGCGGACCGCAACGUAGCGUGGAUUGCGGUGAGGCCGUACAGCUACCUCUUCCGCGCACCAGCGAAGGGUCGGUGGCUGGGCCGCGGUCUUCUGGAGCUCUUCCUGCAGGAGUUUGCCUUCGUACCCUUCGAUACCACUGCCACCGCCGCGACAGUGCCGUUGCCGUUGGCGCGGGAGCUCGCAUCCGCCGACACAACCUCCGGCACUAUCCGCUCUGCAGUGGUGCCACUUCUGCUACAGCGGCGAGCGGCGUCGAUGUUGCCGUCAAGCACCACAUCCCCGUUGCCCUCAACAUGUAUCAGCGGCGGCGCCACACUCGACCGUCGAUUUACCCUCCCCGCGUACAUAGAGGAGCUGUGCGAGGGCGUGCUUUGGCUGCGCGACCGAGAGGCGGAGUGCCGGGCGGUGGGGCGCCGCUACCGAAAGGCCCUCAUCGACGUUGUGGCACGCGCCCAACGCAGCCACCUCAGCCCCGGCAGCGCAGAUGGCGGCGCUCGUGAAAGAGGCGACAGUGGUGCGCUUGGCGUGCAGCCGUAUCCGCCGCCGCCGCAGCAGAUGGGUGUACCUCCUCAAGCGACUGCGCCAGCAGCCACACUUUGCGCGAUCCCGAUCAGCGAGACGAGCGCGACGCCAAGCGAGUGGGCUGCGUGGUGCCGCACAGUUCUGUGGCUGGCGGAGUUGCCCUCCGAGGCCGAAGUCGACGUGCUGUUGCCGCGCAUGCUGCUGGCCGCAUCUACAUCGCCAUCUGGAGACAGCACCGUUGCGCAGGUAACUGAUGGGGCGCACACCGCGAGCGCCGCUGUCGUCCGUGCACCUCCCCCGCCACUUCUCUCGCUUCAGCAGAGGGACGUGGUAUGUCACCGUGUGUGGCGUCGCGAAGGACGCAUGUUCGCGCAGCCGCCGCUGGAGAUCAUCCGCUGCGACGUGGCCGCGACUUUCUCUACCGUGUCUCCUGCGGCGCAUUGCAGGGCACCGGCGUCCGUGGCAAAGACGCUUGCCAUGAUCGUGGUAAGUAAGCCGCCAGGGCUGCCGGUGCACCCCUCCGGGUGCUACCGAAAGAAUUCGGUGACGAGCAUCCUUGAAGACGUGCUGGGCGGUGGAGGUGACGGCGAUGCGCGCCGCCUCUACCGCAUCGAGGAGCACUACGCCGGCACGGCGACGGGCGGCACGCUGUCGCAUCGGCCGUACGCCUCCGUUGUUCACAGGAAGGGCGGCUUUGAGCUCAUUCGUGUGUGGCUGCGGCGCACUCCGUGCGCAAGGGACGCUAGCGCAGCCGUCGCUGGCGGCUCUUCGUCCUCCAUCGCCUCUGUCGAUGAAACUGGCGUGACUGCCGAGGACUGGGCAGUGCUCAAGGCCCUCUUCAUGCGCGAACGCGAGGCGACGACGCAACGGGCUCAGCCGAGCAAUCCACAAGAGGACGCGGGUGCAGGUCGCCACGACGUUAUCGCCCUCGCAGCGGAGACGGGACGGCGCGUGAAGCGUCCGCGCGAUGUCGAGGGCGGCGACGCGGCAGCUGCUGUUCCGCCCUCGUACACGAUGAAGGCCUUCGUCGUGCAUCGACUCGACGCGGCCACCAGCGGUGUACUCCUCUUGGGGUUGAACAGCCAUACGGCACGGCGCACGGCGGCAGCCAUUGCGAGCAAGGCUCUCCAGGGAGGCAGCGAGGACGACGACGAUGAAAGUGCCUCGAACGGCAAUGUGCGUGGGGGAGACGACGUACGGGACGGCGCUGGCUCGGAGACCCCGCCUCCACCGCUACCAGCGCCAUCGUCGCACAAAGUGUAUUGCGCACGAGUGCACGGCCGAGUAGACCUCGAGAGCCUUGCACGCCAGCAGCAUCAUUGCGUCCUUCACACCCCAUCGCCGCUGACGCAACGCGCGAGCAAUGGGCUUGGGGCACCUGGCGCUGCUGUUGCAACAGCUGACACGAGCAGCGCGGCACGAGACAACGCUGCUGCCGAGCUCCUUGUCCGUCGACCCAUCGGGUGCCUGGAUCACCACAACAGCCUGUACUGGUCGCCGGAUGCCGCCGUCACAGACUCGUGGCAGCGGCACCAGGCAGACGUCAAACACCAGCAACAGCAAGCAUGCGAGCUGCGCAACAGCUCGCCCUCGGGCGGACGAGGCAAGACAGGUCGCACGCCAGAGGCUGUUGCGGCUAAGCAUGAGCACAUGCGUCAGCUUACGCGAGGUGGCAGAGCGGCCUCGGUUGGCGCGCUGGCUUCAGCUCUGCAACCUGUGAGCGACGUUGGAGCAGCUCCGCCGGCACGAGAGACGUCGACGGCUCGUUCGGAUACCUCCAGCCGUGUGCAGCAGUACUUGCAGACGCUUCGCUCGGCCAAAACAGCGUUAAAGGUGAUGCACUACGACCAAGCCACCGAUCAGACAGUGGUGAAGUGCACCCUAGGCACGGGUCGCACGCAUCAGCUACGCGUCCACCUCGCCUCUCUCGGACACCCGAUUGUGCACGACAGCAAGUACAUCGCCUUGGAGGCGCACAUGCGCAACUUGGCCAAAGAGGGCAAGCACGGCCCGGCAGAGAGCAGCGAGGCGACCGCGGCCACCAGCAUCCCCCGCGCGCCUCUCGCUUCGGAGGCUUCGCUUGCUUGCUUCUACAAAAGCCGUGCUGCUGUCGCCAACUCUGAGGUUGGUGGUGGCACUGCCGCAGCCGGUGCUGCGCUGGGGGAUUGGUGGCAGCCGGAGGUCUUCGCAGAGAGCAGAAGCGCGCGCGGCUGCAUAUGCCCGGAGGCCAUCGAUCUGCAUGCUUGGCAGUACACGCUCACUUACGACGACGGCGAGCUUGUGUCCGUUGAAGUGCCGCUGCCCUCGUGGGCACACUAA